UGAGGUUUUACACAUUAGUCAAGUGAAGAGCAGGUACUUAAAAAAAUGAAAGGUCUUUGUAAGGCUCUGAGACAGGACCUGGACCUCCCUUAUUACUUAUUAUGUUUUUUACUGUAUUUGAGCAUGUCAAUAGAGGUUCUUUCAAAUGUGCAGAGGACUUUAAGGGUAGAAAUUUGUAUGCAGACACAGGCACCUUAAAUUUACUAAAAGUUCAGCAGUUCUCCCUUCUGCCAUGCAAGAUGUAGCAGUGAGAAGAUGGUGAGGCUGUCCACAUCUAGGAACAAAUACUGCACAUCCCACAGUUCUUACCUAUGAACCUUUCUGCCAUGAAAAGAGCAAGAGCCAGCAGAGCUGUAUUUCCAGGAAGAAUAUUUUUAUGCCCACGUUUAUCUGAUUGCAAACCAAUCAGCAGAAAAUGUUCUUAGGUAGAUAGUGAAUUACUCCUCCUCACUGGGCACAAAGGACAAGACUACUUCCUGGAAGAAGGGCUUUGCCUUAACAAAAAUGUAUCCCUUUUUUUUCCAGUUUUCAAGACAAAGAAAAAUCCUUCUUUUCUCUCAGUCCUCCAACAUACUACUUUAAAGCAGCAACACUCAUCAGCAACGUUAAAGUGCUUUCUGGCACUGGGAUUCCUGUUGGAAUACUGGAAUUUCAGGAGGAAAAAGGAGUUAGGAAAAUUUCUCAUUACUUGAUGUGUUACUGAUUUGGCUAUCCUGAUUUGAUUAUUGUAUGACAGAGAGGCAGAAGUGAGCAUCUAAACCCAAAAUUAAUCUUUAACAUAAAACUAUCUCUUCAUUAACUGCAGAACUUAUCAGUAAAAUUGAGAUAAAAUGCCCCUGUUCUGGAGGUGAAAGAGGAGACCUCUCCAGUUCAGGCUCCCAUCAUCAGCCACAGAGGCAGCUGCAAAGAGCAGCCAGAGAUAACGAUGUUCUUUUAAAAUAUCCUCUGUAUUACAGCAAAACAGAACUGAUAAACAGGGUAUCACUUUUUUCACUAAAGGGUUGACUUGAGCAUAGGCAGGGUGGUCAUUGCUGUUCUCCAGCACACCAUUCAGGCAAUCAAUAUUGCAACACUUUCAGAGCUGACUGCUGGAAAUAGCACUGGGUGUUGCAGUGUCACCUGCCAGCAAGUGCAGACCUUGCCCGUGCUUCCCACCAGGUAUUUUCAUUGCUGUUACACAGUCUGUUGAUUUGGAUGACAUUUCUUUAGCAAUCUUCAAAUGCAGUCAGGCACUGUGAGCUGGUAUUUGUUCCCCUGCAGGGGGAUCUCUGGAUCUCUGCACCUCCUGGUCCUCACAACAAGAGCGGCUGCGUGUGUUCAGGGUUGGUCACGUGGAGAGUUGUCAUCCUCAUCCUCCUCCUCCUCCAAGGGUCUCACUCAGCUGGAGAGGUGACUGUGGCUUGAUUGCCUGCUUCUACCAAAGGUCAUUUGCACGUAACUGAGACAAAAAGAGAAAGGUAUCAGCACCACAGCAGACGUCCUCUGUUAAAGCAAGCAGCCCUUUUGUGCUUCUGACAUUAAAAGCUAGCAUCCAUUUCAGCCCUGUGCUGCUCUCUAAGGCAGAAUGUCCUCUUCAUCCUCUUCAGCAUUGGAGAUGAAGAUCUUCCAGUACAUUGAUGCACAUGAAAGUGAUUUCAUCAAGGAUCUGAAGGAAUGGGUGGCUGUGGAAAGUGAUUCUGUUCAACCACAUCUGAGGAAAGAAGUGAUGCGAAUGAUGGCAUUGGCAGCAGACAGACUCACAACACUGGGAGCCACUGUUAAUUUAGUAAACUUGGGGUCACAUCAGCUGCCUGAUGGCCAAGUCCUCCCACUGCCUUCUGUGAUUCUCGGAGAGCUGGGGAAGGAUCCACAAAACCCCACUGUAUGUUUCUAUGGUCAUGUGGAUGUGCAGCCUGCCAAGAAGGAGGAUGGCUGGGACACUGACCCCUACACACUGACUGAAAUUGACGGAAACCUCUAUGGUCGUGGAGCAACAGACAAUAAGGGACCAGUCCUAGCUUGGAUAAAUGCAGUGGAAACAUUUAGAGCCUUGAAAUUAGCUAUGCCAGUGAACUUCAAGUUUGUAAUUGAAGGCAUGGAAGAAGCAGGAUCCUUGGGGCUAGAGAAGAUACUUGAGGAACAGAACCAGAGCUUCUUCUCUGAUGUUGAUUAUAUUGUAAUUUCAGACAACCUGUGGCUCAGCAACAAGAAGCCAGCCCUUACCUACGGCAGUCGGGGAAACGCCUGCUUCUUUGUGGAGGUUGAAUGUGGCAGCAAGGACCUUCACUCUGGAACUUUUGGGGGCAUCAUUCACGAGCCGCUGAUGGACCUGAUCGCCCUGCUGGACAGUCUUGUGGACUCCACAGGUUGUAUUCAGAUCCCUGGAAUCUAUGACAGUGUUGCUGCCCUGACAGAGGAGGAAAGGAAGUUAUAUGAAUCGAUUGAAUUUGAUCCAGAGGAACACAGAAAUAACUGUGGUGUGAAAAAAUUCCUCUAUGGCACCAAGGAAGAAAUACUUCUACACCUGUGGCGUUACCCCUCUCUCUCUAUUCAUGGGAUUGAAGGAGCUUUCCAUGAACCAGGCAUUAAAACAGUCAUUCCAGCAAAAGUAAUUGGCAAAUUCUCUAUCCGUCAGGUCCCCCACAUGGACCUUUCAGUUGUGAAAAAACAGGUGGUGGAACACCUGGAGGGUAUCUUUUCCAAGAGGAACAGUCCAAACAAACUGAAAGUGUCCAUGCCUUUGGGUGCAAAGCCCUGGCUUGCUGAUAUUAAUGAUCUACUAUAUAAAGCAGCAAAAAGGGCAAUAAAAAGAGUUUUUGGAGAAGAUCCAGAUUUCAUCCGUGAUGGCUCAACAAUUCCUGUUGCCAGAAUGUUUCAGACUGUGACACAGAAAAGUGUGAUGAUGCUUCCGAUUGGAGCGGCCGAUGAUGGGGAGCAUUCCCAGAAUGAGAAAAUAAGCAGACACAACUAUAUUGAAGGAACCAAAUUGUUUGCAGCUUUUUUCCUGGAGAUAUCAAAGCUACAUCGGAACUUACAUGAAACUUCCCCCACAGAGACUAUCAACUGACAGACCAUAUCAAGAAAAUCAGCAAAGCACUUUCUUAAAUUUUCUAUCUUAAAUAAAACAUAUA